AUGGGGGCUGCAUCAGCCAAACACUCUGUGCGUGCUCAGGCUGGCCUCAUUGGCCAAUUUCUCAUUACACCACUAAGUGCAGCUGGCAUCCUGAGCUCCUCCUCUAGCACUUCCAACAGGUCGAGGAACAGGACUCGCUACCGGACCAAGGCCAUGAACUCUGAGGUUGAUGAGAGCCUCUUUGGUGGUGGCAAGCUCCCCCAGAAGGUCCGCUGUGAGAGUCCCAUUGUGCUUCUAAGGGACAGGCAAAGUAUCCAGAAGAGCUUGGGCUGGAUCCACAAGCCGGAGACCAUCCGGCUUAUCACUCGAGACAUGGUCCGGGAUCUGGUAGUCCCCACAGAAGACCCUUCAGGGGCGUCUCUUAUCAUCAGCCCCGAGGAGUUUGAACGGAUCAAGUUUGCUUCUCGAAUCCUUACCAAGGAAGAACGAGAUGCCGUUGAAGAGGCUCACAAAAAGGAAAAGGCUGAUGUCUUGAAUGCAGUGACCCUUCGCAAGCAGAUGAUGAAGCAGAAGGAGAUGGUACGGAAGAAGAAUAGGAAGCUCAGUGACCUGGAAGAGGAGGCCAAGGAGAGGGCCCAGAAUCUCCUGGAGAAAGCCAACGCCAUGAGGAUGGAGCAGGAGGUUGAGGUCAAAGACAUGACCCAGAUAAUCCGGAAUGCCAGGUGUCAUGCCAUCCGUGAUGCUCAGAUCCUGGAGAAACAAUUAAUCCAAAAGGAAAUGGACACAGAGGAGAAGCGACUGGACCAGAUGAUGGAAUUGGAACGGCAGAAAUCCAUCCAGAGGCAAGAAGAUCUAGUCAGGAAGCGGAAAGAGGAAAGAAUACGAGGAAGACGGCAUAUUGUCCAGCAGAUGGAAAAGAAUCAGGAGGAACGGGCACUGCAGGCAGAGGUCCGGGAGCAGGAGAUCCAGCAGAUGUUACAGUAUAUGGAGCGGCUCCAGGAGGAAGACAUAAAGGAUAUGGAACGAAGGCAUCAGGAUAAGCUAAAGAUGCAGGCCGAGAUCAAGCGCAUCAAUGAUGAAAACCAGAAGCGAAAGGAGGAAUUGCUGGCCCAGGAGAAGCUCGCAGACCAGCUGGUGAUGGAGUUCACCAAGAAGAAAAUGGCCCGAGAAGCAGAGUUUGAGGCUGAGCAAGAAAGAAUCCGAAGGGAAAAAGAAAAGGAGACAGCUCGGCUGAGGGCCAUGCAGGAGAAAGCCCAGGACUACCAGGCAGAGCAGGAUGCCCUGCGGGCCAAGCGCAAUCAGGAAGUGGCAGAACGAGAAUGGCGCCGGAAAGAGAAGGAGAAUGCCAUAAAGAAAGCGGAAACUGAGGCGAUGCUGAGACAGAGCCGGCUAGACCAGGUGGCCUUCAAGGAGCACACUCUGGCUGUGCAGGUACAGCGAGAUCGAGAUGAGUUUGAGAGGAUCCUCAGGGCUCAGAGACAGCAGAUCGAGAAGGAACGUUUGGAAGAAGAGAAGAAAGCCCAGGAAUGCCUGCUCCACGCAAACGAGUUGCGGCGUCAGGUACGAGAGAAUCAGCAGAAGCAGGUGCAGGAGCGGGUGGCCACAUUUGAAGAGGGCCGGCGCCUCAAGGAAGAGGCCCAGAAGCGGCGUGAGCGCAUCAAUGACAUCAAGAGGAAGAAGAUGGAGGAGCUGAGAGCCACGGGCCUCCCGGAGAAGUACUGCAUCGAGGCAGAGAGAAAAGGCAAUAUUCUGCCAGCCACCUCAGUGAGCUGA